AUGACUCAUGAGCUUAAAUUCUUAAUCAUCGGAGUUUUACGUGUAGGUGUUAUCGGAAUGUUAGCAUUUUUAAAUAAAAGACAUCUGAUUGAAUCGUAUCAUGUUUUACGGAAGAGUAUGCCAAAGAAAAUGGUAAAAUGUGUUGACCGUGAUGAAUUAAGGAAUAUGAGAAAAGCGGAAUCUAGGAAAUUCGAUAUACUGAUAAGUCUGCGUGAGAAAUUUAUCAAUGCAGGUGUUCAAGUAAAUCUACAACCAGCAACUGUAUUCGAUAAUAUUGAUAAAAAAGAGUUUCAAAAAGUGAAGGAAAUAAAUCUGAAAUUAGAAAAUAGAUUGACCGAAUUGGAAGAAAUGAUCAAACGCAGUGAUGAAAAACAAAAGAUUCGAGAUAUACAAAAUGAAUUAUCAUUGUCAUCGGUAUAUGAUUUAAACGAAAAGGUAGACAAAUUGUUAAAUUACCAGCAAUCGUUGAAGGAAAUAAUCGACGGUAAACUCGUAACCAUUGGGUAUGACGUUGAAAAUAUUAAACACCAUUGUAGCAUGUUGAAUACAAUAUUCCACGAGCUAGAAAAUAAAUUGAUUUCACUAGAAAGGAACACGGAAAACCCGAUGCGCAAAUAUAGUGCAAUUAAGACGCGAAUUGCAACUCUAGAAAAUGAUGUAAUGAAAAACACUUCGCACAUCAUCGGCAUGGACCAUUCACACCGUUCGUUGGAGUGGACAAGACUGCAAUACUUCGGAUCCGCUGGAAUAUUCCCUCCUGAUAACCGCCGUAACGAUGACUUAACUUCAUUUGUUGCGGCUCCAUCUUAUUAUGAUAUGCCACCAGUGCCGAGAUCGGUGGCUCAGUAUUUUCCACCCGCGACUACAACAAAUUCUCCGGUGCCGCCGAGUGCAUUUUUGCCUUCACCGCCACCAGCACCGCCAAUGCCUAGUGUAAUUUUUCAACCACCGCCCCCGAAGACUCCAAAAAAAUCACAAUUGUUAACAGGUUCAGAAAAAUCAAGCUCUUCCUCAGUGGUCACAGCGAAAGUCGAGGAAAUGUACGGCCGGAUCCCCAUAACGACUGAGAUUCUAAAGUCCGUUGUUCUCAAACCACCUGGCGAGAGGAAAAGACAAGUAAAUCGGCAACGAUAUAAUCGCCGUAUUUUUGAAAAAAAUAUUUACGCAUAUGAAGAAUAUGAAUGUAAUCAAUACAUGCAAAAUUGA